AUGGCGCCAGGCCAAGGCCAGAAAGGCAACCCGAACGAUCCUCGAUCAGAAGAAUCGAAGAAGAAGGAUUUGAUUGCACGCGGCGAUUACACACCCACACCAGCUGGCAAAGUAACCUUCUUCCUCCUACGCGGCAUCGAGCCUGUCCUUCAAUAUUCAAUCCUCGCGCAUGGCCUCGGCACAUCUGUCCUACAUCGCGUAGGACUGCGAACACUACCUCCCGGAUUGCCAACGCAUACAGGCAUAUCUCUGAUCGAUGGCUUGGGCCUGUCACCAUACCGAUUGGUAUUGCUUGGAAUGGCGGUUGGCGCAGCUGUGAAGCAGAACAUCUGGGUAACAGCACUUUCCGGAGAGCCAAUGCCAGUCAACGGCGCCAUCGCGGUGGGUCUGUUCAACGCUGUCUUUAACAGUCUGAGCACCUACGCCUUCCUCACAUCAGCUACCUCCGCCUCGACCGAAGCCACUUUCCCACAACCCGCGCUCCUCGUCGGCAGCUCGCUAUACGUCGUAGGCAUCGUGACGGAACUUGUCGCAGAAAUACAACGCAAGCGCUUCAAGGCGGACCCCAACAACAAAGGCAAAGCUUACACGGGAGGUCUUUGGAGCUUCGCGCGCCACAUCAACUACGGUGGCUACACAAUCUGGCGAGCGGGUUAUGCCAUGGUCGGAGGAGGAUACACGUUGGGUGCGUUAGUAGGAGCCUUCUUCGCGUGGGAUUUCACACAGCGGGCAAUCCCGAUACUUAACGAGUAUUGCGAGAAGCGCUAUGGUGCGCAAUGGGAGGACUUCAAGCAGAAGACUCCGUACCAGCUGAUUCCCUACGUCUACUAG